UGGCUUAAUAUACGGAUGCUGUUAUCUCUAUAGAGCCCUUGCUGUCGAUGCCUUGGGCAUUCUGUCGGGACAGGCAAACUGAGAACGCCGCUUCGUCGAAGGGGGCAGACAGCCAUAUAAACAUUAUUCGUUGAGUGACUUUAAAAAAAAUCAACAUUUGUUGCGGCAUUAGGGCUAUUUACAAAAAACAGGUUUCUCAAUUGCUAGAAGAGCCAUGUUUCUGGAAGGGCUAAAGAUUGUGACGCUGCCAGGGAAAGGACGCUGUUUGGUGGCCACAAGGAGUUACCAAACCGGGGACGUCAUCUUCUCAGCAAAGCCUUACGCUGCAGUGGCAUUUGACAGCCACUUUACUCAGGUUUGCCACAGUUGCUUCCGCUCUGGCCAAAACCUGCUGCGGUGUGGUCGCUGUGGCUUCGCCUUCUACUGCGAUCGGACGUGCCGACAAGAAGGCUGGCCACAACACAGCCUGGAGUGCGCCGACAUGCAGAGCUGCGGCCUGCCCACGGACAACGUUCGGUUGGUGGCCCGUAUUUUGAGGCGGGCGAUUAAGGACAGUGUUUUCGGAGCAGAGGGCGAAAUCAUUUCUCCAGAUCGGCUGGAAACGCACAUCGAGAGGCUGAGCAAUGACGAACGGCAAGCUAUGGAGCAAGACGUGACAGCGUGCCUGCAGUUCUGCCCCGCGGCAUCAAAGCACUUCGACACAGCCUUCAUACUGCAGAUGCUUCAGAUUGUAAACCUCAACAGCCUCAUCCUGACAGACCAGAGUGGUGUCAAAGCCAUGGGGGUGGGCCUCUUUCCAACCAUCAGCCUGCUUAAUCACGACUGCUGGCCCAAUUGCUGCGUGACCUUCAACAACGGAAACCGCCAAGCAAAUAAAACCACCUUCCACUCAAGUGCAAGGGCGGAGCUGCGUGUGAUGCGAGCGAUCAACGCUGACGAGGAGCUCACCGUCUCCUACCUGAGUUUUGUCGGCCUGGCGCAGGAGCGCCGAGCCUUCUUGCUCCGAGAUUACUUCUUCGAGUGCAACUGUGUCCACUGUCAGGAUCAGACGCAAGAUACUUUGCUCACCGCAGCCAAGUCAAAAGAUAUCGAUGCCAAGCAAGUUGCGGAGGACUCCAAACAUGCCCUUGGGAAGGUUGACAUGGCCAUGGCAGAGAGGCAUUGGGACGAGGUGUGGAGCCUGUGUAAAGAGGCACUGGACAAACACCUGCCGGUGCUCGCAGACACAAACAUCUACCUCCUGAGGAUGCUGAGCGCUGCGGCAGAGGCUGCCACCCACAACCGGGAACUCGGCAUUGCUGCCAUCUACGCAGCCAGGGCUGUGACCGGUUAUCGUGACGUGUGCCACCCAAAGUCUCCACAGCUACUGGAUGCGUUCGUGAGGGCUGGCGCUCUCUGCUAUGGCUCGGCCCUCUAUGAAGAUGCCCACACCUUCCUGUGCGAAGCGCUUGCCAUUCUCAUCGUCACGCACGGAGCCACGCACGCAAGGACAAAAUACAUCCAGGUGAUGAAGGUGAAAGUGGAGAGGGAGAUCGCUCUGCUGCGGAUGAAUGAAGUCAUUCCGCGCGUUGUUCAGAGCGAGCGUGCCCUCGAGCGCAAGAGUGAGCUGCAUGGCCUACUGGAGCCGUACAUCAAGACCAUCUUCCCUCGCAGAUACUGAGCCAGCCCUUGCGGUG